GAAGGAGUGAAGAGCCUCCCCCUCGGCCGACGCACACCCUCAGGGACCUCAACAGAAAAUUGGGGUUCCCACCGGCCCGCUAAUUCAUCACUUACACGGAGCAAGGGCAAAGCCACAGAAAUCCGAACCGACGGAUCCCGGACAGAGGCGAUUCCCCGACGCCCCCCCAGCCCCCUGGAGCCUUUGUCCCCAACCCAAUCAUGACGUCUCCCCUGUGCUGGAUGGCCGCCACCAGUGCCACGGUGCCUCCUCAGGACCAGAUUCCGACUUCUUCCAAGUCCAAGCGCAGUCAAGAUCAGGCCAAAAGCCGCCCUAGAGGCAAGGUCGCGGGGCAGGCCUGGCCUCCAGUCCAUUCCAAGGGACCCAUCUAUGCCAGCCCCGGGAAGGUCGCUCUCCAAAUGCAGAUGGCUGAGUUACAAAAGAAGAUACAAGUAUUAGAGAGUGAUCGGAAGGCCUUUUAUGAGAGCACCCAGUGGAACAUCAAGAAGAAUCAGGAAACCAUGAACCAGCUACAUGAGGAUAACAGGGUGCUGCAACUACAGCUGAGGGACCUGCUCCAGGGAGAAGAGAAAGUGGUCCAGACAGUGAUUCAGGACUGGAAGUCAGAGAAGCCAUACCUGAAGAACAGGACAGGACAGCAGGCCCUGGAGCUCCUGGACCACCGGCUGAGUGAGAAGGUGAAGCAACGGAAUGGUCUGCGGCACCAGAUGGGAUUGCGGCAGAAGUGGCUGGAGGAGCUCCAGCUGCAGCACAGCCUACGUGAGCUGGAGAUGGAAGAGGUGCAAGAUAGCAACACUGAGAUGGCUAAGAUCUUGCGGAACCUGGAGAACCGUCUGGAGAAGGCUCGGAUGAAGGCGGAGGAGGCGGAACACAUCACCAAUGUGUACCUGCAGCUCAAGGCCUAUCUACAGGAAGAGAGCCUUCACUUCGAGAACCGUCUGGACUCCAUGGAGAGUGAGGUGGUGAAGACAAAACAUCAACUGGAGGAGAUGCGCGUGGUGAACCAGGAGGCACUCAACACCCAGAACACUGCCAAGAGUCAGCUGCAGUAUCUGGAGGAGACUGUGUUCCGAGAGCGCAAGAACCGCGAGCACUAUGUAACCGAGUUCAAGAAACUCGCAGACGAGAAGAAACUGCAGAACGAACGCAUGGAGCGCAAGACCCAGCGAGAGCACGUGCUGCUGCAGUCCGAAGAUACGAUCCAGGACAACCGGAAGGCCAAGGAGGAGGAUGUGCAGCUGCGCUGGAGCAUGUACCAGAUGGAGAUGCUCUUCAGCAAGGUCAAGGACGCCACUGGCGUGGCCGAAACGCACGCGGUGGUGCGGCGGUUCCUGGCGCAGAGCGACACCUUCACGCAGUUGGAGAUGCUCAAGAAUGAGAACAUGGAGCUGCUGCUGAAACUGAAGCAAGAGAAGGAGCAGCUGCAGCAGGAGCUCGAAGACCACAAGUACUCAGGGGAGGCCAUGCUAGUGAGUGAACAGAGGCUGCAGGCCGUGUUGCAGAGUAGCCUCAAUGCAGAGCAGCAGCGGAAGGCUAAGGCCCAGGCCGAGCUGAAGCAGGCCAUAUGGGCGAUGCAAAUCCUGAGGGAGGGCCUGGAGCACCUGGCGGGCAAGCUGAACCACCUCACAGUGGGCAGCCAGGGCUCUGAGGAAGAAGACCUACCCAGAACCACCCAGGACUUAGCCCCUCAGGAGGCCGGGGGCUCCGCUGUGAAAGAGCUGGAUCCCAAGGCCAGUGACUAUCUGCCCAAGCUGCUGGGCCUGGUGGAGGAGAAGCUGCUGGCGCUGCAGGCGCAGUUAGACAGACAGGACAUUCCGGAGAUGCUGCGCCACAUCGCGAAUCGCGAGUUCUACUCCAACCUGGAGGGAAAGCUGCCCGCGCACAACACCCGCAUCACCUUCCCCCUUGCCAUUCCCAAGGACAAGUUCUUUGACGAAGAGGAGACCGAGGACGAUAACAACGAACUGGUUUCUCGUGCGGAGCUCAAGAUCCACUCCCAGAAAUUAAUCGAUUUUCGCAGCAAGAAGCGCAACCGCUCUCGGAGGUCCUAGACUCGCCCUCGCACCCACCUGGCCUCUCCCGGCCCCGCGGAGCUCCCAAGCCCUCUGGGCCCAGCCACCGGCCCUCGGGGCCGCUCAAGGGCCGAGCGGCCCGCCCGGGAGCGAGCCGGCCAUCGGCGCCCGGAAUAAAUAUCCCCAGGCGGCCGCGCUGGCCUCGGAAUCACAAAAUAAAGGUCACCGACCAGC